UCCUACUAUUCUACAUUCCUUUUUUAAUUGAGAAACACUUCUUUGCGUUCAUGUGUUGAUUUGUUAUCUGGUUUCUGUGAUUUGCCCCCUCUCCAUCAUUUCCUUAAGUUUUCCCAAUCUAAUCCUUCUCUCCACCCCACGAGCCACAUCCGGAUCAGAAAAGAGACCUAACAGAACAGAAACAUCAGUCGGAGGUCAGAGAGACCUUACUUUUGGAUCCCUGUUCGCACUCCAAGAUCGCCCUCCCUUGCUGCUACACAUAAUCAUGGCGACCUCUCAGUUUCUUCUCAGAGAAGACGACCUUCUUCGUUCUUUUCUUGAACCUCCAAGAGGAGAUGAUGCUAAAUCCGAGAGGAUGACAAUUGAGAAAAAGAUCGAAUUCCUCGAGAGCUUGACUGGAAAGGUUACAAAUCGAAGGUCUCGUAGGUGGUUAAAUGAUCGUCUCUUAAUGGAACUUGUUCCUCGACUGGAUGCCGAGGAAAUUAGGGGCUUGUUCGCUCCACCACCAUGGGGUGAUGAAGUUCCACCUUCGGUUUUUUGCAUGACAAAUGUGGGAGAGUGGGAUAGAUUUAGGAAUAUAGACAUGGAUAAAGAGGUUAAUAUUAUUCAUGCCCUGGAAAGCUCUGUCACUAAGAAGAAAGGUCAUAUUGAUGCCGACAAGGCGGAAGUAUUGAAUGCUUGGCGUAGGGUGGAUUCCCGAACAAGAGAGGCACUACGCCGCAGCUUUUUAUGGGAGCUGAUAGAUGGUUAUGAGGAAUGUAUACGGACUUUCGUCAGUGAGAGCACCGAUCAGGAUGUUCUUGAACUACGCAUACGAGAUCCUUUUCAUAGGUUGCUGCUGCAUGGUGUCUGUGAGUUCUACAACUUAGUCUCCGUUACAGUGACGGGAGGAAAUGGAAUGGAGGCUUCUAAGGUGACAACCAUAAAGAAGAAGAAAAAGGGUUCUCCGGUGCUCCCAAGUAUCACUCUGUCCCACUUCCUGAAAAUGUCUAAGGAAGGCAGUUGGUAACUGCACUAGGUGGAGGCAGAGAUGACGUUGCUGUAGCUGUAGAUAAAGCUUCCUCCUGUAGGCUGUAGCUUAAUAUGAUGUGUUCAGUGUUCCUAAAUAACAUUGCAAUUUAAUUGGUCUCCCUGUAAAUUGUAACAUACCAUGAGUCAACAGUAGUAGUUGAUUGUUGGAUCUGGGAAACUUAGGAAAUAAGUCAUUUAUAAAUUUGUCUCUUAUGAUUCAGAUGAUGUUCACAUCUGCUUAGUUUGCUGCUUCAUCAAAGUACUGCCACACCCCUCCCCCGCCCCCUGACAGUGCAGCAACAAUAGUGGGGAGAAAGAGGGGAGGUAGCCAAGUUGCUUUGAUUAAUAUAUUCAGAUUCUUUAUCCAA